AUGCCAAAGUGCCCCAAGUGCCAGAAGGAGGUGUACUUUGGUAAGAUUUCGCUCUUUUUGCUCUCGUUUAGUUCGUGUUGUGUGGAUUCUUGUGUUUGAAGACGUUUCCUGAUGAAUUAAAGUGGAAUCUGUUCUGCAGAAAUGCGGAAACAGGAAACAGAGAUAAGCACAUGAUGUUAAGCAGAAAUGUAAACGUGUGUUUUAUUCUCUUAAGUUUAUUUUUUAUUAGUUAAUCAAUGCACGGUGAAUUUCAGCAGUCCUAUCUGCAGGUUUAAUGUAACAUUUAUGAUGUAUUGCUCUUGUACUUGAGUAGUACUUGAAUUAAUGUAACGUGAUAUCACGUGAUGUGCAUGUGUGCUCCAUGUGCAGAAAUCUGAUCUUUUAAGAGUAGUUACUAUCGUAUAUAAAGACUGAAAUCAUUACCUUGGAUAUUAAUUAACUUACAAGGAAAAGUAGAGACAUUUUUAUGUUGUAUUUUGCCUCAAAAAAGCUCAUUUUGUCACUAGAAAACUCCUCUGAAUGUAGAAAAAUGUACAAGUUUGGUUCAGACAGAGAGUGUCCCUCACACUUCUGCUGCAGACUUGUAGAAAAAUCAAAAUGCACCAUUUUAAUAUCCUUAUUUUCAGACAAAUUCUGACAAAUAGCUUCCACCUACUCCUUUUCGAUCUCCAAAUAUAGGUGAAUUUCUUGUCUAGAAUUGUAAUGUACGUAUAUUUGAUCGAGAAUAACAAUAAUUAUCUUUAAAAGUCCCUGAAAUUGUAGAAAAUUUUGGAUAAACAACCGCAGAGUGAGUCGAUGUACCUUUUCUUUUUUUUUUAAUAAUCAAAUUUUAUUUUAUUUUAAGAAUUUACAUUGAACCGUAAAUCAUUUUAAUUCAAAUAAAGUAGAAAGUGAGGAAAAAAAAGAAAACAAAACAAACAAAGAAGGGUAAACAAAGAAAAGUGUAAACGUACCUUUUUGUUGAUUUUAUCUUGAGUAUCAGUCUGAUUUUGCUUUUCAUUUAUGCUUACGAGUGCAUUUUUGUCCCCUGUACUCUAUAAACUCUUAACUAUCGAGACAGGAAAGCUUCACGUUUUGCUGACUGUGAAGAUUUAAUCUGUUUGGAUGACUCGGGAGAAAAAAGUCAAGAGAGCUAAAACAAUCCCAUCCUCCCAGAGUGAUCUCUGAGCGCUCUUAAAGAGUAAUUACAGCAUCCGCUGAGGAAAAAGGGGACAGCUCUGUUUUAUACUCGUCUUAAUCCAUUUACCACAUCAGCCGCUCCUCUGGACUGCGAUGGAGUAAAUCUCGCUCAGAGGUCGAGGCCAACACAGGCUCCAGAGAAGCCAAGUCUUUGGACUGUCAGUCGGAUGAAUUGACCGUGAGACUGAACUAUGCUUCCAGUUCUUCCUCUCGGUGGAUAAACUUUCACUUUCCCCGCCAAAAUAAGCAGAGGGAUUUGUUUCGGUCAGACACGGCUGACCAGUAUUUUUCUUCACAGCAUGGGAUGAUAAAAAUUAAAUAUAGUUUAAGAGAGAAGUGGCCCUGAGCAGAUUUUGUUUAAUCAUUGUCCCGCACCGUCUGGAUCAUUAAACUACGGUUAUAAACUCAAACCCUGCAGCCAGUAAUCAUCUCCAACUUUACUCGACUUGCUUGUGCUGCCCAUCCGUCUUUAUGUGUCUGAGCUCUCAGAUGGAAACAAUCAGGCUACUGCUGCUUCAGUGAUGAAGAAGAGGAGGAGGAGGAGGAGGAGGGUUUUGGUCUGGAUCCAAAAUCUGAAAGAGCAAAAAACAGAAAAAAACACAGAAACUCUGCAGCCUCACAUGUUUUCCACUGUAGGAUGAUGGACUUUAAGCUGUUUGUAUACAAGCUGUUGGACAAAUAUCAUAACCUCCUAUCUUUAUCUUCUUCAUGAACCUUUUUUUGGGGGGGAGAAUGAAGCAAAUACUUGACCAGCUUCCUCCAUAGUGUGUUUUUCCAUCUGCAUUCAUGUCUGUUUGUGUAUUUUGGACUCCACCCUUCAUACUUUAGCCAGUUACAGUUGAUGCAGGGAGCAAAUCAGAUCUUUCUUUUGCUCGUCACGACUUGUAUCGUCGAUACAUCACUGUCAAUAACCUUUAUGCUAAAGCAAAUCCACCUUUGAUACAGAAAGACACAUAACCUCUGGUGUCAUAGCAACCCUGUCAACUUGUUGUUGUUGUUUUUGUAGGUGACUACAUUUAUUUGCUGAAGGGUUUUCAUGCGACUAGAUUGUUCAGUUGACCUCACCCUGGAGCACUGGGGCUCAUUUCCACUGGUUGUUGCACAAUCUCAUACCAGAUCAGCUAUUUUUAGGGGGAAAACGCAUCAUAUCCUGGUUUUGUGGGAGCGUUUACAGACCAGUACUUAUGCAUGAAAAUGGAUCACGUUGCAGUUUUUGAAACGUCUGCAUUUCCUCCUGAUGAGUAAAGUUUGAACCGUUUGUAACGCAGCACUUCCUGCGGUUGCUCUUUCUGACCUCAAACUUUCGCUGAUGAAUUCGAAGUUGAUCUAAACUUUGCUCAUCAUCACCGUCAAGACAGCAGGGUCAAUCACCUCCAGACGAGUGUUUGUGCAGAUCCACCCUGCUUUAUCAGAUUUUAUGAGGCCAGAGGAGAGAUUCCCCCGAGGACAAUCAGUCCUCUUUAACCCCGUAGUGCCACACCCUGACAAUGUUCUCAGGAUUAUCUGCGAAGACGUUAUCUUGUUUAUCCAAAACUGAUAGUUGGUCGCAGCACGAUGAGCUCAUGCAUCAGCUGAACCUCAGACGAGAUCGUGACCCCGUGGCACUUGCGUCCUCUCUGCAGACUACAAGAGCUCUCUUUGUGGUUGAAGUUCAAGUGGAAGUGGUUUUUUAAUUUGGUCUCUUUGUGUGUUUUUUUUUUGCAGCUGAGAGGGUGACAUCGCUCGGCAAGGACUGGCACAGGCCCUGCCUCAAGUGUGAAAAGUGCAGUAAGACACUGUCAGCAGGCUCACAUGCAGAGGUGAGACGAAUGAAUGAAUGAAUGGGUUUUUUUAAUGUUCAUUUAAAACCAAAAAGUUCUAGAUUUAAAUUAAAAGAAAAUGAACUGAUGCAUCUUUGCUCCUUGCAGCAUGACGGCAAGCCGUACUGUAACAACCCCUGCUACUCUGCAAUGUUUGGACCUAAAGGUGAGUGUCCUCAGAUUCAGAUUCUUCCACUUUGACUUAACUUUAAAUCCACAGGUCACCAACACACCUGGCCAUGAGACACUUUGCUUAAAGAUUCACAAAGUCAAAGCUGGAUUACUGAAGUGACUCUUCCUCUGUUUACAUUCAGGAUUUGGACGUGGUGGGACAGAGAGUCACACAUUCAAAUAG